UAUUCGGGUUCGGCGUCAUAACAGGUAUAUAAUAUUAUACUGUCUAUAUGGGAAACGAACGAUCGUUUUUGUUCCAAGUUUUUCCUUUUUUUUUUUGAAUAUCUAGUAUUUUUGAAACCAGCGAUUUUAUUUUAAUCUUGGUUCCGGACGACCACAACGGCGGAGAAUCCAAACUUUUUGAAUUCUGAAGGCAGUCACGAUUCACGAGACGGCGGGUAAUAGUAAUGCACAACUCGAAUUGCCAAUUUUGGGUUCACUCGCUGUAGUAUGCGUUAGUAAUUUUCAAAGGAACUAUGGCUAACGAUAAUUUGGAAGAUUUGAAAAACGGCAAACGACCAGCAACGUCUGCAAAUGCUGAAAUAAUGGACAUCGACGAUCUCAUACAAGAAAAUGCUGAAAAAAUCAGAGUGGGACGUGAUUACCAGGCUGUCAUUCCAAAGCUAUUGGUACUCCCAAAAAAUAGACGCGAACGACUGAACAAAAAAGCACUAUUAGUUUGGUCUCCAACCGAUAAUAUUUCAGAAAUUAAAUUAAAUGAAUACAUAUUAUUAUCAAAAGAUAAAUAUGGUUACAACAGUGAACAGGCAUUGGGCAUGCUAUACUGGCAUCACCACGACAUGGACAAAGCUCUUAGUGAUCUAUCAAAUUUUGCACCUCUACCAGACGAUUGGUCGACCGAUGAUAAGGUUACUUUUGAAUCAGCAUUUAAUAGCAUUGGGAAGAAUUUCUUACGCAUCAAACAAAUGAUGCCUGAUAAACCAAUAGCAUCAUUAGUCAAAUAUUACUAUCUUUGGAAAAAUAAGAGAAAGAAGAGCAGUGUUAUAGACCGACAAGCUAAAAAAUUAGCAAAUGUCCGUGCAAAUGAAAAUCAAAACGGAAGUAGAGAAGGGUCCAGUUCGGCAGAGUCUGAGCCUGAUGACAAGAAGGACCUUGGGGAAGGAAGUUCAAAACAGUCUUGUUCAGUUUGUGGAGUUUUUGUUACUACUCUUCAUCCCACUCAAAAAGGAUCAAUGUGUGGCACAUGUCAUACACAUUUUCGGAGGACUAAUGGUGGUAUUAGACCAACAUUAGGUCCACCACGUCCAAACAAUCGCCAUUUGAAUGUUGCUCGUAAUAAGCGUUUACCACCACGAGGCAUGUAUGUUAAUCAUGAUGAUCUUCAAUCUAUUGCUUCUGGAUCCAAUGGUCAAGGAGACACUGUUUUAUCGGCCAUGGAAGAUGAGGUUGUAUCAUUAAAAUGCAAAAUACAGUCUAACAAACAAGAAAUUGGACAUGUGCAUAAGAAGCUUAAACUAGAUGUUACUGAACUUAGAAACAUUGAACCCACUACGACUCGCAUUAUUUCUCGUUGGAGCAAUGAAGAAGUUAUGCUUGCUAUUCAAGGAAUGCGCAAAUAUGGAAAAGAUUUCAAAGCCAUUGCUGAAACGAUGGGAACAAAAACUCAAAACCAUUUGAAAUCAUUUUAUUCUCAUUAUCGUAAGCGUUAUAAACUAGACUCAAUAGUUAAAAACUUUGAUGCUGAACAAAGUACAAUGAUCAUUGAGCUUAGUGAUGACGAUGAUGAACCGGUCAUCAGAAAAGAUGAGCCUUCAUCUACAAUAACAAGGCAGAGUACACCAUCGACUUUGGCUUCCGGAACUCGGCUUAUUAGUAACCUUACAUUGAACUCUAAAGCACAUCAAACGGCUGCUGCUGCAAAGUGAUACUCAUUUGAUCAUGAUGUAUUGGCUUCUAUUAUUUCUCACUGCCUUUUAUUUCCCAUAUUAUUUACCCUACUUAUCCAAUAAAUAAUAUCAAAUGCAUUACAACCAUUAUAUUAUAUUAUUUUAAAUAAUUUUAAAUUAACGGAUUUAUUUUAUAACCAAAUUUUACCCUGUAAUUGGAAUUUUUUGUAAGUAUUUAAAAAAUAUUGAUAGUCAACAAAAAUUAUUUUGUUAGAUUUUAUUUUUUCAUAAAUUUUUUUAAACUAAUAAAUUACGAUUUUGUGUUAAAUUUGUAUGUUAAAAAUUAGUAUUUUUAAUAUCUAAGGUUAAGUAAAAUUGUACAGUUUAAUUGUAAAUAUUGAAACAAUUAAAGAUUAAUAUUGUUGAUGUAUAA